CAAACCCCGUCUGUAUCAGAAAUAACGGUGACGUAUAGUAUCGUUUUCAGUAAGGAAGGCAGAAGUGAGAAGACCAAUCCACAAUCACCCCCACACUCUGUGAAGUCUUCUCCAACCUUCAACAAUGGCUGCCAAUGCUCACUCUCUCUCCAGAAUACACUUACAGUUCCCUGAAUUCAGAACAUCUAUCAACUCAUCACAACGUAUUUCGUCGCCUUUCAUUUCCCUCAAUUCACAGAAUCCAUUUCUGGGUAAUCUUACACUCUCUCUCCUCCACCCUUCUUCAACAAGAACAACUCAUGCACUCUCAAUUACAACCAAACGACACCCUGUUUCUUCCGCCGUCUCUUUUAGUCUCCCAACUGGGAUCCCGGAUAGGGUUGUUGGUGAUAAAAUUCCCAACAGGUGGUCAGGGAGGGCAAUUAAAUCAUUUGCUAUGAGUGAAUUGGAAGCUAGGAAGCUCAAGUACCCUACAACUGGGACUGAAGCCCUUCUUAUGGGACUUCUUAUAGAAGGAACUAGUCCCGCUUCAAGGUUUUUAAGGGAAAAUGGAAUCACACUCACCAAGGUCAAAGAGGAAAGUAUAAAGUUACUUGGAAAAGGUGAUUUGUACUUCUUCAGCCCAGAACAUCCCCCUAUCACUGAAUCAGCUCAAAGAGCACUUGACUGGGCAUUGGACCAGAAGCUGAAACCAGAUGAAAAUGGGGAAAUUACAACAAUUGAUUUGCUUCUUGGAGUAUGGUCCGAGGAGGAUUCUCCUGGUCAUAAGAUAUUGGCUGCCCUAGGUUUUGAUGAUGACAAAGCCAAAAAGCUUAAAUCUGUAGGUUCUAAACCUGGCUUUGAUGAAGAUAAGUAAUCCAUAAUCCAUAUAGACCUUCUUUUGACAUGGCUAACAUUGUAAUUCUUUUAUCAUAGAAAGCAUGUAAAUGGUGACCGAGCUCUUGUUAGAAAAUCAUGUAAUGUGCUCGAAUCACAAACUUUCAUCCAUUCUUCACUCCACACGUUUUUUGUGUAUUACCAUUCCCUCGAUGGAACAAUUUCCAGAUAGGAAAACCAUGAUUUUCCUCUUAUUCUGAACUUUAUAAAAUUUGAAUUAUUAUUGUUA